AGAGGUCGAGAGGACAAAUCCAGCCGCGGAAGCUCUGAAACACUUCCUCCAAGAGCAGUGGUAGUAGCGCAACGGUUGCCAAUCUCCAUUCCACAAAAUGAAAAUGAGCAACAGAAGAGGACAAAGCUUUUAGGGUUAGGAUCGAGUUGAACUGCAUUCUUAGGGCUGCCGUCGUCUCGGUGGUGUUUGCUCACGGGCUUCGGUCUGUUUCGGACUCAGAUUCAGUCACGGUUUCUCAGAUCACUGUGCACAAUUGAUUGCUGUGAACUUGCAAAUCGUUUUCGUUUCUCCUGCAGGUUCAUGCUAUCCAAAAACAAUUGUCCGAACUACGAUUUUGUCUCCACAUAGCGUGCGGCCCGAUUCACAGUGGCGGUAGGAAGUGGGUGAAAGCGUUUGGGAAGCUGCUGUGUGCGUGAUGAGAACAGGAAGAAGUUGCUUGGAUUCAGAAGUCGGCAGGAUACUGAGAACGCACGAAGAUGUAGUUGUCUACCUUACCAAUAGCAGAUGGUGCCUCUAGAAGCAAAGGGUUCGUCCUUGCCUUAAUGCUGAAAAUCUGGACCUAGAAAAUUGUUGGAGAAAGAGUGAUUGUUAGGAUCUUGCUAGGUGCAAUCGUGGUUGACGGAGGAGAUUUUAGCGUGUGGAGAAUGUCUCUCAUGAGUCCGAAGCGGCCGCUAUCUUUGUCUCGAGACGGCACUUCCGUUUCGUUACGCGAUGCAGUGCAAACGACAGGUCCGAAACAAGGCGCCAAGCCUACUGAGGUGUAUGGGUUCGUAGGCGCGAUCUCUACCCUUGUUGGAUUCAUGGUGUUUAUGAUAUGGGCCUACUUGCCUGAGCCUUGGCUCCACACCAUGGGCAUCACGUAUUACCCUAAUCGAUACUGGGCAAUGGCUAUUCCUGCCUACGUGAUGAUUGCCAUCUUUUUCGUCGUCACUUUCUACACGAGUUUGAAUUACAUGGCCACUCCGCCACCUUACUCUCUCAACACUUUGUUCGAUGAGUACACGCGAAGCCCUAUCACCGGCACGAGUGGAUCGCAGUUUUUGCAUGAAUCCGACCGACCUAUUGAUUCGAUCUCCGACCUUCCAAUAACCACCGUCAACGCCCUGGUCUUUGGAACUAAGGUGAGUUAGACUGUGCUUUCACUUGGAAGUUUGCAAUCACUUUGCAGGGUCACAGUGCUGUAGUUGAUAAUCAAAGUUCUGCACUGCCUGUUAGCGAUUUUCCCGAUGUAGUGAAAUAGCAUCUGAGAUCGUUCGGUGGUCUAUACUUGAAUCCUGUUCUGUACUAAGGUUAGAUCUCAUACCCCACAUGAUCACCAUUUCCGCUUGAUGAGGAGAGCUCUGGAGGCAGCAAUGUGAUUUCUCUGAGAAUUCUCCAGUAAGGGUCAAUUCAGAUUGUAAAUUUCAUAACGGGUUUGAACAAGUAACAUAGCAGCAUUCUCAUGUUACGAGACUCUAGGGUUAGAUCUGUGAGGCAUGUUACCUUCGUGCCAUGGAGCUCGGUUGCUUCUAAGCCGGUUUUUACAAUCCCCAUCAGUAGCGCUCAGUUCUCAAGACAAAAGCCCAUUUCCAUUUGUGGUCUCUUUAGCUCGGGACUUCGAAAGAUCCCAUGUAAUGCUGCAGCUUCAUCACCUAUUGCAAUUUUUGGCAAUUUUGUAACGAAAAAAAUGAAUUUCAAUAAAAAGGAUUGUUAUCUGAA